GAAAAAUUAAAUCAUUGUUGCUCCAUUAACCGGCCGGGCCGAACGUCUAAUUAAUCAAAUCUAAUGACAAAGUGAAAUAAAAACAAAAAAAUGAAGUGUCUGUGCUUACUCCUGGCUUCCGUCGCCAUCGUUCGCGGUUACAGCAUCAAGGACAAUGAGAUUCAGACGGCGCGCUUACGGACAAGUGAUGAGUUGCUCCAGAGUGUGAUCAGUGAUUGUUUCGAAGCUGAAUCCCCGAUGUCAUGUCUCAAAGUGAAAGUUCUCUCGUUCCUGGACACGAAGCUGGGAGUGAGCUCGGAGUCCGCGAGGGCUUUCGACGACAAGAACAUCGACAAGGUGAUCUUCGACCGCGUGAGCCGGUACCUGAGCAACAAUGAAGUCAGGUUCCAGCUGCCUGAGUUCCUCUUCGAGGGCGCUGAGGUCUCCUACAGAGCUGACAAGGGUCUGGAUGUGGAAUUCCCGGAAGACAGUGAAAACGGUGAAGCUCGUGGCAUCUUGAAGAAGAAGCUGCUGUUGCCCGUUCUGCUGCUGCUCAAGCUGAAGAUGAAGGCGCUGAUGCCCAUCCUCGUCGCCAUCAUCGGCAUCAAGGCCAUGAAGGCCCUGAUCCUCAGCAAGCUGGCCAUCACCCUUGUCCUCGGAUUCCUGAUCUACAACCUGAUCAUGAAGAAAGGAGCCAUGCCCAUGAUGAUGAUGCCGCCCGCGGAGACUGUAUCUCCCGCACCCCAAUACGGUCCCCCGGCCAAUCAGUACGGACCUCCCUCCACCCCCGCGCCCUCCGCACCUCAGGACUCCUACAGCCCUGCCUGGGAGCCUGCUAGCGGUGGUCCUUACGCGAGAGUUUGGGAUCCCUCCCAGCUUGCCUACAGCUCAUACUACCCUGGUGACUCAAGCUCAUCAGCAGCUUCAAACCAGUCUCCGAGCUACUCCAGCGUGUCAUCCGUCUCCUCAUCUUCAUCAUCUUCAGCAACUUACUAAACGAACCUACCUCAUGUAAAUACGCACGGGAAACGCAUUGUACAUAGUGUUUUAACGCACGCACCAAUGAAACGGCUAGGGUCUAGACGAGUUAUUUAUUGACGAUAUUUAUUAUUAUUUAUUGAAAGACAAUAAAGAAACUGUCGUUUUA